AUGGGGGAUGCUCGGGACUGCAUGAAAAUGGGAGAAGUGGAUGGCAAAAAGAUUGGCUGCACUGUUAGCCUUUUGAAUUUUUACAAGACUGAACUGAACAAGGAAGAGAUGUAUAUUCGCUAUAUUCAUAAGCUGUAUGACCUACAUCUGAAAGCACAAAACUUCACAGAGGCUGCCUACACGCUCCUCCUGUACGAUGAGCUGUUGGAGUGGUCUGAUCGGCCACUGAGAGAAUUUCUCAACUACCCCAUGCAAACAGAAUGGCAACGUAAAGAGUGUCUCCAUCUGACCAUCAUUCAAAACUUUGAUAGAGGAAAGUGUUGGGAAAAUGGCAUUAUCUUAUGCAGGAAAAUUGCAGAACAGUAUGAGAGCUACUAUGACUACAGAAACCUCAGCAAGAUGAGGAUGAUGGAAGCAUCUUUGUAUGAUAAAAUUAUGGAUCAACAGCGUUUGGAGCCAGAAUUUUUCAGAGUUGGAUUUUACGGGAAAAAGUUCCCAUUCUUCUUGAGAAAUAAGGAAUUUGUUUGCCGAGGACACGACUAUGAGAGGCUGGAGGCCUUCCAGCAGCGAAUGCUGAAUGAGUUUCCACAUGCCAUUGCUAUGCAACAUGCUAAUCAGCCAGAUGAGACCAUCUUUCAGGCAGAAGCACAGUGUAUCCACAGAAUCAGAAACCCAUACACUGCAGUUACAUCUUUCAUUCUUUUAAAAAAUGCAGAUUUGCAGAUUUAUGCAGUGACACCAAUUCCAGAAAACCAGGAAGUCCUUCAGAGAGACGGCAUUCCCGACAACAUCAAGAGCUUUUACAAAGUGAAUCACAUCUGGCGAUUCCGAUAUGACAGGCCAUUUCACAAAGGGACCAAGGACAAGGAGAAUGAAUUCAAGAGUCUCUGGGUGGAGAGAACUACACUGAUCUUGGUGCAGAGUUUACCUGGAAUAUCUCGUUGGUUUGAAGUGGAAAAACGUGAAGUAGUGGAAAUGAGUCCCCUAGAGAAUGCUAUUGAAGUCUUAGAAAAUAAGAACCAGCAGCUGAGAACACUGAUUAGUCAAUGUCAAACUCGACAGAUGCAAAAUAUUAACCCUCUCACGAUGUGUCUAAAUGGGGUCAUUGAUGCAGCAGUUAAUGGUGGAGUUGCUAGAUACCAAGAGGCAUUCUUUGUCAAAGAAUAUGUCUUGAACCAUCCAGAGGAUGGAGAGAAGAUCACACGCCUGAGAGAGCUAAUGCUUGAACAGGCCCAGAUUCUGGAAUUUGGCUUAGCAGUGCACGAGAAGGUAGUGCCGCAGGACAUGAGGCCAUUGCACAAAAAGCUGGUGGAUCAGUUCUUUGUGAUGAAGUCAAGCUUGGGAAUACAGGAAUUUUCUGCCUGUGUACAAGCUAGCCCUGUUCAUUUCCCAAAUGGAAGUCCUCGUGUGUGUCGAAAUUCCAUACCUGUUUCUAUGAGCCCUGAUGGUGCCAGGGUAAUACCACGACGCAGUCCCUUGAGUUACCCAGCUGUCAAUCGGUAUUCAUCCUCAUCACUGUCAUCCCAAGCUUCUGCUGAAGUUAGCAAUAUCACUGGGCAAUCAGAAAGCUCUGAUGAAGUUUUUAACAUGCAGCCUAGUCCAUCUACCUCAAGCCUGAGUUCUACUCAUUCUGCUUCACCUAAUGUGACCAGUUCUGCUCCAUCCAGUGCCAGAGCUUCUCCUCUGUUGUCGGACAAACAUAAACAUUCCCGAGAAAACUCUUGCUUGUCUCCCAGAGAGAGGCCCUGCAGUGCCAUCUACCCUACUCCUUUGGAAACCUCACAGACUGCAAACUCUUGCUUUGCCAAGUGGAAUGUGACUUCUAUCCCCCACUCUACCCGAGAUUCGAUAAGGGAGGCUGAGGAGCUCGUAGGCCCAGUCUCCACUCUCUCUGAGACUCGUCCAGCAGGAAAAUCUCUCAAUCUGUCUCUACCCUCAGUGUCCCAAGAGAGG